AUGGUGAACCCGAAGAAAAGACCAGCUCCCGAGCAAGCACAGCCAGCCAAGUCAAAGGCAGUACGCCCAUCCGCAAAACGGCGGGUAGAACGGAGAAUAGCAGGAUAUCAAGAAUAUCUUAAGGGUAAUACGAAGGACUUUGUUCGUCACGAUCCAGCAACGGAAACGUUGCCCGAUCUACUCGCCUACGAUGAUGAAUUUAUGAAAGCCGAGAGGGCUUGCCUGGAGAUUCCACAAGACUUCAUCCUAGCUGUUAAGCCAGACAAGGACCCGCAACUAGCCGCAAGUCUCAGACCCAAACUCAACGAGGUGAUGGACGAGUACCAAAGCGAACCCGAGCGUGUGGCAGUCGUCGGCAAGACUGGACAGGGGAAGUCGAAAUUGAUAGAUGCUAUCUUGGGCAUCGAUGGGAUUGCAAGAUCUGUGAGACUGGAGCUUUCCGGCAAGAUCGACUGUCGAGAUUCCGUACAACAGCAUCUUGCCAAUCUUGUCGCGAACCUAAAAAGAUGCGUGGAAGGGCCCAUAGAGCUUGACGAUCAAGGCCAAGACAGUCUACGGGCGCUUCAGAAUCUGUUCAGCGACAUUCCAGAAUUCGCAUCGAACGAAUCUACUUGGACAUUCCUAGGAUAUGAUGUCAAUUCGCACAAAUUCUCAUCAGUAGCGAAGCAAAAGGAUGCGUUUGGCCAAUGCGUCAAGUGGGCUGAGGACCGGCGCCAGAAGAUCGCCAACAUGUCCGCACAGGGUAUCUACGCUACCAACGUGACGGAGCUGCGGAGAGAGCUCGCGCAAUUCAGCGACGAUCAAGCCAAGAUGGACGACACCAAACUUGGUUUCAACCCCUCUGCGCUCGUAGAGAGGAUUGAGGUGUUUGGUGACUUUCGGAUUCGCUACUCAAUCGGCGACUGCCCCGGACUACAGGACAUCAACAAGGCAAGCUUGUGCCCUUCCCAGGUUGACAUCGCUCAAGCUAACCUCGCUGAAGAAAUCACGAGAGCUGGCGAUAGCGCGUUUCUUGACCACUUAAUUAAUGACCGUACUACAAGGAGACCCGAUCAACGCAUCAUCAUCGCCUUGACAAUGGGAGAGUCCAAUCUGAACCCAUCGGAUCGCAAAGAUGCAGAUUUCAACCAACAUGAGAUAGCUGAUCUCGACUGGCUAGCCGAACGUAAAGCAGAAACUCGGAGAAAGAAGGACAGCUACGCGCCAACAGACUAUGCGCAAAGAGACCACUGCGCCCGCGAGAUCGCUUUCAUGACUCUCGAAGAGAACGAAAUAUGUGCCCGAGAACGAGGUCGUCGCAUCAGCGACAGGCUGAGGCAAAGAUUCGCAAAGCAGAACGAAAAUUUGACAGUUAUGACGACUUCGGCAAAAGACUACAUGGAGCAUGUCGAGGGCUACCACCAGUACACCGACGAGCAUCUGCCGCUGUCCGUUGAGUCCACCCAAAUCCCCAGUCUAUGCAGGGAACUCGCCGCUAUCGCCAAUGAACGGCUGCAGAAAGAUCUUCUUCGCUUUUACAGGCGAACACUACCCGAGCUCUUCAGCUAUAUCGAGCUCGCUUGCAGCACGACUUCCGGGCCGGUGCAGACAGGGCCCAGGUUCAACUUUGAAGAAUUCGCAUCCAAAUUGUUGAAGCCGCUCGAAGUCUUCCUCGAUGUUUUCGAAAAUGAACUCAUCCUUCCGAGGAUUGAGAGCAUGAGAAACGGAGUCGGCGAUUGGAAGAACGAAGGUCACCAUAAAAUCAACAAUGUUUGGCGAAGGUUGCAUGGCAACGCCGUACGGUGCUACUUGAACAAGCUAGGCAACCACCGGACAAAGGGACAGCCGAAUUGCAGUUGGAACAUUACGCUUCUGCGUGCUGUCCAGAAGACGCUCGACCCGCUGUUCAAGGAGCUAAUCGCAGAAGCACCCUCCAGGCUGGGUAGCCUUGCAUACCAGCUAGAAGGAGUCGUGGACGACUUCCUGGAAGCCCUUCGCGUUGCCGCCGAACAGCUCGACAGCAAGAAUUUCGUAGCGAACCUUGACGACAAGAAACCGCAACUCUACAACAUGUAUGAUGUGGUCGGCAAAGACCUCAUGAUAUUCCUUCGGCUGUUCCGAGGACGUCUUACUGAAGACGGCAACGGUGACUUCUUUCCCCAAAAAAUGAAACAGGUCUACACUGCCACAUUAAAGGCAAAACCGACAGGCAAGUUGACCAUGAAAGAGGUGCAGAUGCAGACACUGGAAACGCGCAUAUGCGGAAAGAACAGUCCCUACGACCAAAUGGUCGACAUGUUUGAAACCGCUUGGAAAGCCAAGAGGAUAGCGUUGUUGGAGAUUGGCAGACAAGCUAUCGCUUUUCACAUAGCAGAGAUCAAGGCGUCGUACAAGCAACUCUGCACUCCUGAGCCGCAGGAUAAUUCCAUGACGCUGCUGCGCGCUGAGCUGGAGCGCAAGGUUGGCGUAGCGAGGGAACAGUGCAAGGGACCCAUUCUGACUUCUCUUCUGGAAUGCGGGCUUGAUCCGAACUUGAAGAAAGUGAAGAAAGAGAAGAAGGUGAAGAGAGAGAAGAAGGUCGCGAAGGUGGAGAAGUAG